GACGAGCCCCACACGGCGAGCGCCGCUGACUCGGGUCCGGACCCACGAGACGGGGAACUGGAGCGUAAAGCGGCGCUGUCAGCGGCCCCCAAAUACAUAUUCAUACAAAUAUUGGACCGGAGACUGGGAAACGUUGGCUGUCAACACCGCUGGCAAGUGCAAAGGGGAAUUAGUUUGGGAAAAGGAGCGGCAUUGACUAAGGCAUUGAAUUAGGAGAAACAUGCGUGUCGCGGCGCUGGAGCGCUGGAGGCAGCGGGGACGCGCUUCCCACCGCUCCGCACACAGGGCGCACAGCCUGGCGUCGACGCUCCGGAUGUCGCUUUAUCUCUGCUAACGCCUUCGGACCGAAACCCAGCGUGUCUUGGGACUGGACCGAUGCAGCAUGAUCCCCGCGUUCAGCUUUUUGCUCACUGAUCAGGAUCGCGACUCAUGGGAUGCGACACAUGGAGAUCUAAGGUCAACUUUGGACCGCUGAAAACUCAGUCCAAGCUGCCGGCUUUCUUUACGAUGGUGCUUAUUUUCACCUAUUUAUUUUACUCUUUGACUGGAUACAGCUAUUACCUGUCAAGCCCCGCGUAUGACCCCGAAUCAGCAACCGGCGGCGUUGAAUACGGCGCGCCGGGCACCUCCCUGAGCGGGGUCGUGGCUCCGGUGCGCUUCCCUCCGCAUCCGAUGAGUCGCCGGAACAGGACUCAGGGGCCAUGGUCCAACGAACUGUCCCCCGGCCGUCAGACGCGGGGCGACAUCUCCAUCCUCAGUAACGGCGGGAUAAAGAGGUUUCCCCAGGCGAUCAUAAUCGGCGUGAAGAAAGGCGGUACCCGAGCCCUGCUCGAGUUUCUCCGGAUUCACCCCGAUGUCAGAGCCGUGGGAUCGGAGCCACAUUUCUUCGACCGCUUCUAUGAUAAGGGACUGGAGUGGUACAGGAGCCUGAUGCCCCGCACCCUGGACGGCCAGAUCACCAUGGAGAAGACACCCAGCUACUUUGUGACACGCGAGGCCCCCCAGCGCGUCUUUGCCCUGAGCGGCCAGACCAAACUCAUCGCGGUGGUGCGCGACCCUGUCACCCGCGCCGUCUCAGACUACACGCAGACCAAGUCGAAAAAUCCGGCUCUGCCCCCGUUCCAGGACCUUGCUUUCCGGAAUGGCAGCCGCGGCCCGGUGGACACGUCCUGGAGUGCCGUACGCAUCGGCAUCUACGCCAAGCACCUGGAGAACUGGCUUCGCUUCUUCCCGCCCUCCAGCAUCCUGUUUGUGAGCGGCGAGCGGCUGGUGCUGGACCCGGCCGGUGAGGUGGGUCGCGUGCAGGACUUUCUGGGGCUGCGUCGCAUUGUGGGAAACAAGCACUUUUACUUCAACCAAACCAAGGGCUUCCCCUGCCUUAAGAAACCCGAGGGCAGCAGUCGGCCGCGCUGCCUGGGCAAAUCUAAGGGCCGCCCUCACCCUGCCAUCCCACAGGGGGCGCUGCAGCGCCUUAGAGACUUCUACAGGCCCUUCAACCUUAAGUUUUACCAGAUGAGUGGCCAAGACUUUGGCUGGGACUGAAAUAUGCUGCAGUGGAAUGUCACUUGGUCAAAGGUGCUAUCGAACUGUGGACUGUCUUUCCACUUCCUUCUUCUCAGCGUCACAAGAUGUUGCUGUAGCCCCAGAACCUGCUAGAAUAUAAUAGCUCCUCAAAAGAACAUCAUUAGACACGUCCAGGAAAUUAUAACUACAAACUGACAGUUAUCUAGAAUUGCUCAUCAGAACAGAGCACAGCUAUGGUCAGGAUGGGGGGCAAAGGGGGACUCACACACUGUCCUGGAGGUCACAUAUUCUCCCAAACCACAUGCCUUUUGACACAGUUCAAAGACACCAAAGAAAACUGGUAUUACCUUCUGUUCUUCCCGAUGACACGCUGCGGUGUCUCUUACGAUUCACUCUGAAUCGGGGUCACUGACAUGUCGAUCCGGUGACCAGCCAGACUCGGUCGGUAUGCCUGUGUGUGUGUGUGUCUGUGUCAUUUAAUUUAUUUGAGAGUUUGGCCCACAACACCAUCAACAGCACAGACACACAGGUGGGACAACAAGCAAUAAAGAGUUUAUUUUUAGCUGUGGAUUCCAGCUUUCACACAUCAAUACAUUUAUCACUGUCCCAGACAAUACAGCUAUUUCUGCGUCACAGAGACAGGCGCAGGCUGUCGAGUUAGGCCACAGUUUACCCUUCAGUCUGAGUAAAAGAGGAGUCCGUCAUGUGGCCCAGGCUUCUGUGAUGGAGCUCACUGACAACCUGCCACGUUUCACCUCACAGUAUCCAAUGCAAUAGGUUUGUUAGUGAGAUACCUUUACAGACAUCCUGCGAUUUCGCUGGUGGGUGCUGAAUCACUGCUGCCUAAGGGAGGAAGGGCGCCCAGGUAUAACCUCACCACACAGUGCUUGUGAGGAUGUGAAAUGUAAAAAAAUCAAUCCACAAUAACAUUUCUGACAUUUUUUCUACAAAGAAUACUGUUAAGUAUGUGCCUGUAGAGUUUAAAUCCACUAAACUGUAAAUAAACCAAAGUUAUUUGUGAGUAA